CUGGCCGCGCGCGCCCGUUCUCUCUCUUUCUUCGUCUCCUCGCCGUUUCCCCUCCUCCUUUUUUCCUCCGCCACCGCUACCCUUGCCGCGGCCCCUGCGCGCCCAGCCAUGCCCAACAUCGUGCUCUUCAGCGGCAGCUCGCACCAGGAUCUGUCCCAGCGCGUGGCCGACCGGCUGGGGCUGGAUCUGGGGAAAGUGGUGACGAAGAAAUUCAGCAACCAGGAGACCAGUGUAGAGAUUGGCGAGAGUGUAAGAGGGGAAGAUGUCUACAUCGUCCAGAGUGGUUGUGGUGAAAUAAACGACAAUUUGAUGGAGCUUCUCAUUAUGAUCAAUGCUUGCAAGAUUGCGUCGUCCUCCCGAGUUACAGCUGUAAUCCCAUGUUUCCCUUACGCUAGGCAAGAUAAGAAAGACAAGAGCCGCGCUCCCAUAUCUGCAAAACUUGUCGCCAACAUGUUAUCAGUUGCUGGAGCAGAUCACAUCAUCACCAUGGAUUUGCACGCUUCCCAGAUACAGGGUUUCUUUGAUAUCCCAGUGGACAACCUGUAUGCAGAACCAGCUGUGUUGCAGUGGAUCAAAGAAAAUAUUGUAGACUGGAGGAACUGUGUCAUUGUCUCACCAGAUGCGGGAGGAGCAAAAAGAGUCACUUCCAUCGCUGACAGACUGAAUGUCGAGUUUGCCCUGAUCCACAAAGAGAGGAAGAAAGCCAACGAAGUGGACCGGAUGGUCUUGGUUGGGGAUGUGAGCAACCGCGUAGCCAUUCUUGUAGACGACAUGGCAGACACGUGUGGCACAAUAUGUCACGCUGCGGACAAAUUAGUGUCUGCAGGAGCAACUAAGGUUUAUGCUAUUCUCACUCAUGGGAUCUUCUCUGGCCCUGCUAUUUCGCGGAUCAAUAAUGCUGCCUUCGAAGCAGUCGUCGUCACCAACACGAUCCCACAGGAAGAAAAAAUGAAGCAUUGUCCCAAGAUUCAGGUUAUUGAUAUUUCUAUGAUUUUGGCUGAGGCGAUCCGAAGAACACACAACGGCGAAUCUGUGUCGUACCUGUUCAGCCACGUCCCACUAUAACUGCAAACCAGCUUUGGCAUGCUGCAUUCGGGGUGGGGGGGGUGGGACACGCACAUCAGAUAAUGCAGCUCAUGAUGAAGAUAACAAAUGUCUACGAAAACCUUCAGCUCAGCCACACCUACGUUCCCUCUUUUAAUAUGGACAAUAACUAAACCGGGCAAAUAUGUGUAUUAUUUUUGCUUACAACUUUUUAUAAAUUCUCUUUGGGUUUUUAAAAGAGAAAACUAUGCUUUUUGCCUGUGAUUUAUUAAGAUGUGCAUAUAUCAUAUGGGAAAACAGUGAAGACAGUAUUUUUGCUAAGGCCAAAAGUUAACUCGGGGUUGGUAACCUGAGAGGCAUGCACUUGCCGAGAGUUAACUGUGCCACACUUAGAACAGAAACUUGUAGUCAUUUACAGAGUUAGAUUAAAUAGCCUGUGAAAUUCCCUUCUGACAAAA